AUGGCUGCAGCAAAGGGCACUAAAAGGUACUGCCUAGUCACGGUCGGUGCCACUGUAGGCUUCAGAAAACUGACAGCCGCUGUUCUGGAGCCCGACUUUUGGCGCCACAUGGCCGCCCACGGCUUCACAGAUCUGCGUGUCCAGUGCGGGCCAGACGAACCAUGGGCCGCCGCGAGAGUGGAAAGCCAAAAGGAAGAUAUUCCCACAUCCUUUUCAAUCAAAGUAUUUGCAUCAAGGGAUAAUCUCAUGAUGGAAGAGAUGACACUGUGCAAAGGGUCGGGCAAUGACCGAUCAAAGGGCCUCAUUAUUGGCCACGCCGGCACGGGCACAAUUUUGGACGCAUGGAGGCUGGACGUCCCAAUGAUUGUCGUUCCCAACACGGAUCUAUUGAAUGACCACCAGACAGAAAUGGCCCAGCACUUGGCCAAGGAAGGCUACGCAACACAGGCCAAAGCAGAGCUUGGUGAUCUUAAAGAGGCAGUCGAUAAGGCAAAGCUGCUCGUGGAGGAGAACAAGAGCCGCAACCCACCACACGCCAUCUCAUCCAACGACAAGCCGGCCAUGCGGCUAUGGGAUAUUGUCCCGGAAGAGGUGCAGAAUGAGCAGAACCAGCAAAUGUCCACCGACUAG